AGCAGUGCGCCUGCGUGGCCCGCUGCGCAGGCGCAGGCGCGAGGUGGCCCUUGGCGGUCGAAAGGGGAAUUCAAGGAGACGGGGGCGACGCGUUUGCGGGAGCCUCCUCGGGUUUGGGGCUACCGCCAUCAUGCCGGGGAUAGUGGAGCUGCCUACUCUGGAGGAUCUGAAAGUGCAGGAGGUGAAAGUCAGUUCUUCGGUGCUCAAAGCUGCCGCCCAUCACUAUGGAGUUCAGUGUGAUAAGCCCAACAAGGAGUUCAUGCUCUGCCGCUGGGAAGAGAAAGACCCCAGGCGGUGUUUAGAGGAAGGCAAGCUCGUCAGCAAGUGUGCUCUGGACUUCUUCAGGCAGAUAAAGCUUCACUGUGCGGAGCCUUUUACAGACUAUUGGACCUGCAUUGAUUAUUCCAGCCUGCAGCUAUUUCGUCGCUGUCGCAAACAGCAGGCUAAGUUUGACGAGUGUGUGCUGGACAAACUGGGCUGGGUGCGACCUGACCUGGGGGAGCUGUCCAAGGUCACCAAAGUGAAAACAGAUCGACCUUUACCGGAGAAUCCCUAUCACUCACGAGCAAGACCAGAGCCCAACCCUGAGAUAGAAGGAGAGCUGAAGCCUGCCAAACAUGGCAGUCGCCUUUUUUUUCUGGACCAUGUAAAGAUGGGUCCAUGGCCCACACUCAGUCACACGCCCAGACAACCACUGAUGAAAUUCCCAUGCAGUUUGCAUCGACUGAAAGAGUGUUCUUUCCGGGAUCACAAACUUAACAAAAAAGUUAAUUUAUGUGACUUGGCAGUUAUUCUAUACCAUUUCCUGGCCAUUAAAAAUUUUAAAGGAAACAUCCAUCCUCUGACUUGCUGCAUGUACCUCUGCUGCUCCAAAACCUUCAGUGGCUCCCGAGUGGCUGUUGACUAG